AUCGCUCUCUUUAACAUUAGGAAAUCCAAGAUACCCUCAAAAUACCAAUUCGACGACAGCAACGUGCCAUUGCACCACAAAACGGCACCUCGACUAGCCUAUGAACUCCUAGUCAACGCAUCUUGAACAAAACCCCAUAUCUGCGACGACGAGGGGCCAAAGCUCCCUCGAGAGCCGUCAUCAUGUCGCAGACCAUCGGCCUGACGAAGCUAGCCUACACACGCGUCUGGCACCACAUCUCCGCCUCAACGCCCCACCCAACGCUCUCAACGCAACCGAACACGAUCCCCCCAUCCCUCGGGCGUCUCGCCUCGCGCAUCGCCGUGAUCCUCAUGGGCAAGCACAAGCCGAUCUGGGACCCGUCGACGGACUGCGGGGACUACGUCGUCGUGACGAACUGCGCGGCGCUGUACGUCACGGGGCGCAAGAUGUGGCAGAAGACGUACUACCGGCACAACACGAAGCCCGGGUCCCUGCGCUCCGUCACCAUGGACGUGUUGAUGGCGAAACAUGGAGGUGCGGAGGUGUUGAGGAAGGCGGUUAGUGGGAUGUUGCCGAAGAAUAGACUGAGGGAUAAUAGGAUGGCGAGGCUGAAGGCGUUUGAGGGCGAUGCGCAUCCGUAUAAGAAGAAUUUGAUCCGGUUUGCGGGGGUGCCGGUUGGGAAGGAGGGGUGGAGUGAGGCGGUGAAGUCGGUGAGACGGUCGGAUGUUGAGAGGUUAUAGGGGUGGAAAGGGGUGAAAGGGGGAGAGGAUGGUGGGCAGAUGAGUGGGAGCUUGGUUUAGACAUUCAGGGCAGUAACUGCUGAGUGGAAGCUUGGCUCCGUAUAUCUGCCAUGUACCAUAUUGUGCAUGCGUAUAAUGAACGCAUCUCAUGAUAACCAAUAUGAA